UACUUGCAUCCUAUAAACAUAUUUCAAAGCUGUCUAAAAUGAUCAUGACCAGAUAGUAUGAACAUGAGCUUGCUAUACAUGUUAUAUGCCAUAAUAGCUAUUACUCCUGUUUACAUGUGUAUAUAUUAUCAUAUACUUUUUUAUUGUAUUUUUUUUUUUGCACUGGCUCGAGGUGCACUCACUAGACUCUAGCCACACAAUCACACAUACUACAUUGACACUCCGACACCCACACAUACUUUCUCACUUUUAACAUAUGCUUCUGCUACUCUGUUUAUUAUACAGUUGAAGUUGGAAUUUUACAUACACUUAUGUUGGAGUCAUUAAAACUAGUUUUUCAACCACUCCACAAAUUUCUUGUUAACAAACUACAAUUUUGGCAAGUCGGUUAGGACAUCUACUUUGCAUGACACAAGUAAUUUUUCCAACAAUUGUUUACAGACAGAUUAUUUAACUUAUAUUUCACUGUAUCACAAUUCCAGUGGGUCAGAAGUUUACUGUGCCUUUAAACAGCUUGGACAAUUCUAGAAAAUGAUGUCAUGGCUUUAGAAACUUCUGAUUGACUAAAAUUAUGUCAAUUAGCCUAUUGGAGGUGUACCUGUGGAUGUAUUUCAAGGCCUACCUUCAAACUCAGUGCCUCUUUGCUUGACAUCAUGGGAAAAUCAAAUGAAAUCAGCCAAGACCUCAGGAAAAAAAAUUGUACCCUCCACAAGUCUGGUUCAUCCCUGGGAGCAAUUUCCAAACACGUGAAGGUACCACGUCCAUAUGUACAAACAAUAGUACGCAAGUAUAAACACCAUGGGACCACGCAGCCAUCAUACCGCUCAGGAAGGAGAUGCAUUCUGUCUCCUAGAGAUGAACGGUCUUUGGUGCGAAAAGUGCAAAUCAAUCCCAGAACAACAGCAAAGGACCUUGUGAAGAUGCUGGAGGAAACAGGUACAAAAGUCUCUACAUCCACAUUAAAAUGAGUCCUCUAAUGACAUAACCUGAAAGGCCGCUCAGCAAGGAAGAAGCCACUGCGGCAAAACCGCCAUAAAAAGCCAGACUACGGUUUGCAACUGCACAUGGGGACAAAGAUUGUACUUUUUGGAGAAAUGUCCUCUGGUCUGAUGUAACAAAAAUAUAACUUUUUGGCCAUAAUGACCAUCGUUAUGUUUGGAGGAAAAAGGGGACACUUGCAAGCCGAAGAACACGAUCCCAACCGUGAAGCACAAGAGUGGCAGCAUGUUGUGGGGGUGCUUUGCUGCAGGAGGGACAGGUGCCCUUCACAAAAUAGAAGGUAUCAUGACGGAGGAAAAUUAUGUGGAUAUAUUGAAGCAACAUCUCGACAUCUGUCAGGAAGUUAAAGCUUGGUCGCAAAUGGGUCUUCUAAAUGGACAAUGACCCCAAGCAUACUUCCAAGUUGUGGCAAAAUGGCUUAAGGACAACAAAGUCAAGCUAUUGGAGUGGCCAUCACAAAGCCCUGACCUCAAUCCUAUAGAACAUUUGUGGGCAGAACUGAAAAAGCGUGUGCGAGCAAGGAGGCCUACAAACCUGACUCGGUUACACCAGCUCUGUCAGGAGGAAUGGGCUAAAAUUCACCCAACUUAUUGUGGGAAUCUUGUGGAAGGCUACCCAAAACAUAUGACCCAAGUUAAACAAUUUAAAGGCAAUGCUACCAAAUAGUAAUUGAGUGUAUGUGAACUUCUGACCCACAGGGAAUGUGAUGAUAUAAAUAAAAGCUGAAAUAAAUCAUUCUCUCUACUAUUAUUCUGACAUUUCACAUUCUUAAAACAAAGUGGUGAUCCUAACUGACCUAAAACAGGGGAUUUUUACUAAAUGUCAGGAAUUGUGAAAAACUGAGUUUAAAUGUAUUUUGCUAAGGUGUAUGUAAACUUCUGACUUCAACUGUAUGUCCUGAUUGCCUAGUUACUUUUACCCUUACCUACAUGUACAUACUGUGUUACCUCAAUUACCUCGUACCCCGGCACAUUUAAUUCGUACUGGUACUCCUUGUAUAUAACUUCGUUAUUGUUAUUUCAUUGUGUUACUAUUUUUCUUACUUUUUAACUCUGCAUUGUUGGGAGUGGGCUCGAGGUGGAUGCCUUACUCAGCGAGAACGAGAUGCUGCAAGGCAAGCUGCACAGCCAAGAGGACGACUUCAGACUGCAAAACAGCACCCUGAUGCAGGAGCUGUCCAAGUUAUGUACUCAGAUAGAGGAGCUACAGCAUGAAAUCAAAGAGCUAAAGGAUUGCAAGGGGCUGCAGGCUGAAUCCUCCGGUCCCAUCUCCAUCUCUGUGGAUGGAGAGUUAUUGCGUCUCCAGGCAGAGAACGCUGCCCUUCAGAAAAAGAUGACGGCCCUUCAGGAGCGCCAUGCGAGUGAGAUAAAGAGCCCGAGGGGAGCGGAGGUCAGUGAAACCAAAACCUCAGAGACAGACGGCCCGGCUGACACCAACGGUGUCCGGUUGCACUCUGACGUCAGUGAGAGCAGGGAGGACUCUGCAGCCAGAACCAAUGACAGACUGGAACAGGCGGAGGCAAAGUGUGCCAAACUGGAACAGCGAGUGACUGAGCUAAGCGAGGUGGAGCUGCAGCUGCACACUGAGGUGGAGGAGAAGCGCCUACUGAAGGAGCAGCUCCAUGCACUAGAGUCAUCCAAACAGGCAGACAUCACUCAACUUCAAGAAGAAAUAGCAAAGCUCUCUGAUAAAUUAAAGAAAAAACAAGACAGCUUUCUGCGUUCGCAAGGUGAAAAAGAAGCCCUUUAUAAUGACAGCAGGACCAAAAUCGAUGAGAUUCAACAGAGGAAGGAGGAGGAGCUGAAGUCAUUGAAAAUCCGCAUCCAGAAGUUACAGGGAGAUCUGCUGUCAGCCAACCAGAGUGUUGGAGAGAUGAAGGAGCAGCUACAGAGCCGGCAGAAGGAGCAUGACUUAGUUCUACACACACUCAGAGAUCAGAUAGCGUGUCAAAGUGCUGUGAGUCAGGAGCAGGUGGAAGGUAUCCUGACUGAGAACGAUGCUCUCAGGACUAACCUAGUCGCUCUGGAACAGAUUCAGACAGUGAAGACUCAGGAGAUGAACCUUUUGCGUGACCAAAACAUGGCUCUGAAUGUUGAGCUGCAGCAGAGACGGACAGAGCAGGAGAGCUUCCUGGCACAGAGAGAUGACCUUAACUCUCAGCUACAGGAGGUGAACCGUGCCAACAGCAGACUGUUGGAACAGCUGACUGAAUUGGACCAAUGGAAAGACCGAUUACAGCAAGAGCUGGAGGAGGCUAAAAAGACAGCUGACAAGCGGAAGGCCAUGCUGGAUGAACUGGCCAUGGAGAUAAUCACAGAGAAGUCCCGGCACAAGGAGGAGCUGAGCGACGUGCGUCUGCAGCAUGAGAAGGAGGUCCUGGGGGUGCGGGCGCGCUACGAGAAGGAGCUGAGGGGUCUCCACGAGGACAAGAACCGCACAGAGGAGGGGAUCCGCUCACAGCUCCGAGACGAGAAGGCUCGCAAUAAGGAGCUGGAGGGUCUGCAGCAGUGUGUGGAGGAGCUACAAGCCCAGGUCCAGUCCAUGGAGGACACUAAGGGCUGGUUCGAACGCAGACUCAAAGAUGCUGAGGAGAGCAUGGAGAAGAGCUGUCUGGAGCACCAGGAGAGCACGGAGAAGCUGCAGGAAGAAUACUCUCUCCAACUGAAGGGAAAGGCAUCUGAAAUAGAUGGUGUGAACCUGCAGUUGACAGAAGUAGAGAAGGAAAGGGAUGUGCACAUUGAAACCAUUGGAAAACUGAAACAGGAGAUUAAAGACACGGUAGAUGGCCAGCGGAUCCUGGAGAAGAAAGGUAGUUCAGCA